GUGGGAACCUCAGCUUCCCCUACUCUGCUGGGCUGGCCUACAGCAACAUCUACUCGCCUGGCCCCCACCCCGUGGGGGGCUACCAGGCCCAGCUCUGCCAUCUGUGGAUGCUGGCGCUAGCCCGUCGCAAUGCCCAUGCCCUGCUCGACUACUCGGUCACCGCUGACCCCCGCAUGCUGCUGGCAGUGCAGAGGCACUUGGCUGCGUCGCAGGACGAGAAUGGAGACACGCCUUUGCACCUCGCCAUUAUCCAUGAGCAGACAGCUGUGAUCAAGCAGCUGAUCGAGGUCAUUGUUAGCAUCCCUAGCCAGCAGAUCAUCAACAUCUCCAACAAUCUGCAGCAGACGCCACUGCAUCUGGCAGUCAUCACCAAGCAGCCCCAAGUGGUCCAGCUCCUGCUCCAAGCCCGUGCUGACCCCACCUUGCUGGACCGCUAUGGCAAUUCCCUGCUGCACCUGGCGCUCCAGGCGGGCGACGAAGAGAUGCUGAGGACACUGCUGGCCCACCUGGGCUCAGCUGCCCCUUACCUGCUCCGCCUGCCCAAUUUCCAUGGCCUUCUGCCUGUGCACUUGGCCGUGAAGGCAAAGAGUUUGGCCUGCCUGGACCUGCUAGUCAGAAAGGGAGCGGAUGUGAACGCGGUGGAGAGGCAGGGUGGGAGGACCCCACUGCACCUGGCCGUGGAAAUGGAGAACCUGAACAUGGCCACCCACCUGGUGAAGAAGCUGGGAGCAGAUGUCAACAGCCGGACCUUCGCUGGGAACACCCCCCUGCACCUAGCUGCUGGCCUGGGCUCUCCCACCCUCACCAAACUGCUCCUCAAAGCCGGUAAGGUGCGGGAGAUCCUGCUGCAGGCCUCCCAGCAGGGCCCGGAGGCAGAGCUGCCCACUGCCCCCCGGCCAG